AUGCAAGAUUUACCACCAACUCCUAGUAUAGCUCAAAGCUUUGCAUUGGCCCCAGAGACAGAAACUACAGAGCUGGUCUCUUCUACAAACACCCCAACUCUUCUUUUAGCCAAAACCACUAAAUCUACCUUUACAGAAACAAAUGACAUACACCUAUCUUGUAGCGAUAUCACCCUUCUACUGGAUAACCCAACACCAAUAGACACAAAUGAGCACUCUCAUGA